AUGAUCAUCGCAAGAUCGAUCAGCAUACUGCUGGUUUCUGUUGCUCUGUUCGUUCCCAUCGCACACGGGCUGGAGUGCUACAGUUGUAGUACGGACAACAGUGAUCUUGACUGUGACAAUCUCGUCACAUUGGAGAAGGUGUCCUGCACACCAUUCAGCGCCUCCGACCAUCCAGUGCAAUCGGUGUGCGGCUACAAACGGCUGAUCCCAAGCUCCAACGAGGCUCCGGAACGAAUCUGGAGAGGAUGUGCGGUUAGUGGCGAAUGUGCACUGCUGUCUCGCCAGGGCAACGAAGCAUUCAAUUCCGUUUUUAGGAUGUCAGCUUGCGAGGAGUGCGAUGAGCAAGAUUGCAAUGGACCAAAGAAUCACGGAACGAUCAUACAGGGACAUCUGGCUUGGUACACAACCACUCUACUUGUGGUCGUUAAUGCAGCACUACUUAAGAUGAGUUUGAAUUUCAAUAAAUAA